GGAUUUCUAUAAAAAGGAACUUCCCUGCCUGCUUUGCAGAAGAGACAGAGGCAAACCUGCACACUUACACUCAAACCUGGGAUUGCACCAGAGCAGCCUGCUCAGAUUAAGGGCUCAAGGUUCCUACCAAGAAGACACCAUGAAGCUCUGUUGUGCCACCCUGCUCUCCCUCCUCCUUCUGGCUGCUCACGUUCUCCUGGUGGAGGGCAGAAAGGAAGCAAAGCACAGACAGGCCAGCAAAAACACCAAGGAGGGGAAGCGUACGUGGGACCAGUCCCAGAAGGAGCAGAGAAAUCUCUCACCCAAGCUCCCUACCAAAGGCAAGUUUGUCACCCCAGACCAGGCAGAUUGCAGAUGGGAGGUGACUGAGCAGGAGCAGGGCAUCUCCCUGAAGGUGGAGUGCACUCGACAGGACACCAAGUUCUCCUGCGUCUUCACCGGCAAUCCAACCUCCUGCCUAGAGUUACACUCCAAAAACAUGUAUUGGAAACAGAUCGGUCGGAACCUGAGGUCACAGAAGGUCCUCUGCAGAGACUCCAACAGCGUCUUGAAGGCCAGGGUGUGCAGAAAGAAGUUCCCAGAAUCCAACCUCAAGCUGGUGAGCUCCACUCUGAUAAGCAGCAAGCAAUCCGAGUCUUCUCCCAAGGAGCAGAACCAUGUCAAGGACACUACCUCCCCGGGCCCUACAGAGAGUAGGCCUGUGGGCACCAACAGUCCUGAGUGUGUGGAAGAUCCGGACUUGGUGAACCAGAAGAGGGUGGCCGUUGAAUACUGUGGGGAGACCUGGGGUAGCUUCUGCAAGUUCUUUAUUACUAUGAUCCAGGGCAGUACAUGCCAGUGAGGUAAAGAAAGAACCGGGCUCUUCUAAGGUAUCAUGUCAAAGCCUUUUGGCAAACUAAAAGCCACCGCCCUGUGCCCCGUCAGAGGAACUUGUGGUCGCGGAGUACAGCGCGAUAUUUAAAGUGUUUGUAAUUUUUUGUGUAUGUGUUUGCAUUUUGGAAUCUGCUUCCUUCAAUAUGAUUUUCUAGACUGUUUGCCUUAGUCGAUGUUUCUGUGACUUGCAGGGCUGUGUGUGUGUGUGUGUGUGUGUGUGUGUGUGUGUGUGUGUGUGUGUUUGCUGUGAGAAGCUAUUCUUGGGGGAGACCCAGUUAAGCACACAUAAUACUAAGUGCCAGGACCUGGGUUUGAGCCCCUGGCUCCCCACCUGCAGUGGGGAUGCUUCACAAGCGGUGAAGCAGGUCUGCAGGUGUCUAUCUUUCUCUCUCCCUCUCUAUUUCCCCCUCCUCCCUUAUUUUCUGUCUGUCCUAGCUAAUAAAAUGGACAAAAUGGCUGCCAGGAGCAGUGAAUUUGCAGUGCUGGCACUGAGCCUCAGCCAAAACUCUAGAGGAAAAAAGAGAAAAGGAGCUAUUCUUGAGCUGAACUAGUCACAGUGAUGACUGCAGUGUGAAGCAAUUUCUGCACAAUUAACAAAGACAAUAAAGCUGUCAGCAUUUGUUUUUUCAGAAAUACA